AUGAGUAGAUGUCAAAACAUGCAUGAGCUAAUAUCUUCGGUGUAUCCUCUGUUGGUAAUGGACGAACCAAUGUCACCCAAAUACUUAACCGAGAGGAUCAUUUUAUCUCCACGUAAUGAAGACGUCCAUAAGAUUAAUAUGGAUGCAUUAGAAAGAUUACAUGGGGAGACUUACACGUAUUUUGCUGCUGACAAAAUGAUUCGGGAUGAUCAUGGAAGGGAUUCGGAUUUUACAACUGAAUUUCUCAACAAUUUAAGUCCACCAGGAACACCUCCAUUUAAUCUAGACCUCAAAGUUGGAUGUCCCAUUAUGUUGCUGAGAAAUCUGGCACCGAAAGAAGGCCUUUGUAAUGGUACAAGACUGGUGGUGACGAGGUGCGGACGACACGUGAUUGAAGCUAAAAUCAUAACGGGAGAAAAAGCUGGUGAAGUAGUAUUCAUCCCUAGAAUAACUUUUCAACCUUCAGCUUCAGAGCUAAACAUACAAAUGGAAAGACGUCAAUUUCCCAUACGCGUUGCAUAUGCGAUGACUAUUAACAAAUCCCAGGGACAAUCGGUGAAGUAUGUGUGA